CUCUUCACUUCUCUUUGGAGCAACGCUGAGCAGCAGGGCGAGCAGAGAUCUUACAGCCGCAGGUAUAUCAUACACUCUUUAGGUCAUCCUCUGCAAAUCGAAUCAAAAUGGUCUACUAUUUCACCUCGACCGUGGUUGACCCGCCGGCGUACAUUUAUGUUGGCAAGGACAAGUUUGAGAACAAGCUCUCCUCAGCCCACAUCUACCUCCGCCUCCCCGAAGGCCAAACCUGGGACGCCAUCCCCGACCCCCUCCUCACCGACCUCGGCCAGCUGACAAAGGCCAACUCGAUCGAGGGCAACAAAAAGGACAACAUCACCAUCAUCUACACCCCCUGGUCCAACCUGAAAAAGGACGGCUCCAUGGCCGUCGGCCAGGUCUCGUUCAAGGACCAGAAGAAAGUCAAGCGGAUCCUGAUCCCCCAAAGGGAGAACCCCAUCGUGAACAGGCUCAACAAGACCAAGGUGGAGAAGCACCCUGACUUGAGGCAGGAGAAGGAGGAUAGACUCAAAGAGCUGAGGAAGAGGGAUCAUAGUGCUUUUCUGGCGAGGAAAAAAGAAGAAGCCCGCAUCGCCAAAGAGCGCCAGGAGAAGAAAUACCAAAAGGACCACGCCUACGACGACAUCUUCACCGAGGAGAACCUGGCCCAGUCCAGCAACCAGGACAGGGGGUCAGAUUGGGAGGAUGAUUUCAUGUAGUGUUUUUUUUGUCUCUAACAAAUCAACCCCCCAUUUUAUUCAUGAAUUGAC